CCUUAUCCAAAUGAAAUAGUCUUAGGUAAUAAUUUGCAGUCAUUCGGGAUGCAUAAAUCCUUUUUGUCGCAUUAUAAUGGAACUGUCGCGAAGAAUAGCCACCACUCAAUGAAAAGAGAAAGACCAGCGUUUCAGAUACCUAAUAAGACACAGUACAUUUAUGGGGAUCCAGUUUCAGAUGAGUAUUUGAGCCGGCCACACAUGUGCGAUACGUGCGGUAAACGAUUCACUCUUCUCGAGAACUUGAACCGACAUCAAAUGAUACACACAGAUGAAAGGCCUUAUGUUUGUACUUAUUGUAACAAAAGAUUCCGACUUGCUCAACAUUUGAAAGAGCAUGUGCGAAUUCAUACAGGUGAAAAGCCGUACAAAUGCCCGACAUGCGGCCGAGCAUUCUGUCAGAUUUCAAAUUUGAAGUCUCAUCAGAAAACACACACGAAAAUCAAAGCAUUUAAAUGUGACGUAUGUGAAAAGAGUUUCAGAAGAUCUUUCACAUUGAAGCAACACAAGUUGACACAUGCAAGACGUUCUAUGAGCAAUACCACUGGGGAUGGAAUCAAUGAAAUGUUAUCUCCACAAAAGAAGAUGUAUCGUAAAAACAGUGCUCCGACGCCGACGAUCUUGCACGGUGAUGAAAAUUUAGGACGCCCACCGUUAUCAGCAUCUCUCACCCAGCAGAUGUCGCAGUCGAGCUUCCCUCAGUUUUCUUCAAGCAGGACGGAUUCUGGGAUCUUCCCAUAUCCUAAUAUUCACGGAUGUUCCUCAUCGUUACCUCCUACCUCAAUACCUACAAAUUAUUCUACCACAUCACCUCAUCGAUUUCCACCGAAGGCAAUCUCAUCCCCAACUAUAAAACAGGAAUUCAUCGCACCUAAUUGUUCCACGAAUGAUAUAUCGUAUUUCCCGUCCCUAUCCGCUCUCCUAAGAAGCGAUUCCGACCCCAAACCCGCGCCUUUAUACUCACCCCCGACAACCAUUACACCCAAUAUGAAUAUGUUACAUUACUUCCAAACCCCGUCUUCACAUCCUUCGAUAGUAGAGAAAACCUCAGCCGAUAUCCCGGUACCUCUUGAAUAUAAACCUGUAAUCAGUCGUGCAGACGAAAGCCUACCAAAGCAAAGCAAUAACAUGAGAUCUGUGAACGACUGUGUACACUGUGACCGAAAAUUCGAAAACGGAGAGCAACUACGAGAACACGUGAUCAACGACCAUAGCCGCAAAGACCAGAGACGUGAUUCUGCCUAUUCAAGCCAUAGCGACAAAUCUCUUCCUUCUUCGCCAAAUCUGAGAAAAUCCUCUCCAAACACUUCCGGUUCAGCAGCGAAUGAGAUCACACAUGUUACGUUCCAAGCGAAGCGAAUCCAAUCCGCUUUUAUGCAGAGAGUGAAAGACCUUGCUUAUAAGUCAUUGGGAAGGUGUGAACCCGUACCGGAAGAGGUCACAGAAAUUCCGCAUACGUCACAAUCGGGAGAAAACGAUAGAGCAAAUGAAGAUGUCGGUGGUCCCGAUGUCGGUCGUUCGCCAACUGAAAAUGACAACCACGAUGUGGCGUCAACGACGACUAACGAAGAGCGACAUGUCUCCUCCUCUGACGAAAUACAAAGUCCAGAGAGAAAGUCACUAAAAAGAGCAUCUGAAAAACCACAGAAGUGGAAGCGACAACUAUGCAACGAAUGGUAUGAAAUACCUGCCAAGAAGUCGAAUGAAGACAAACAUAUGCAAGACAACGAAGAAACUGUGCAAUACAAAGAUAAUGAGAAUAUAAACAAAAGCCAGGAUAGUGAAGCGAAGGGAGAUAGUAUCGAUGGCGCCUCACCAGUGUCACGAACCCCCGAUGCAUCCCAUGAUGACACUUAUCCGCCGCCUCAAACCAAAUCUGUGGCGCCUGGUUUUGAUGCCAAUCGAUUCGCCCCUAUCAUUGAAUGGAAGCCAGUUAUAACAGGUUGGAAAGACUUGGUUUAUGGCACAAUGUAUGCGGUGCCACCUCAGAUUCAGCAAAGCUUCCUCGGCCUAACCUCGCCAUUUGCAGAUCCAAGACUUUUAUACAACGACAAUGGAAUACACGGGAUAACCGGCGAUACAACCAAUACCUUCAAUAUCAAACCCGGAGUUGACUCACUCAACCACGAAAACAACAGCGACCCAGCGUCUAGAUUUUUCCGGUUUUCACCAAACACAGUCGCAAAUUUCGCAUAUCGAAAAGAAAGUCAGACUCCGACCACUCCUGAAUCUGCCCAAUCGGGUAUCUACAACCACUACUACCCGUCUGAAUCUCUUCCAAUAUCCGGUUAUAGUCGACUCCAACACGCACUUUUAUAUCAGUGGGAUCCAAACCGAACAAGGCUUGACGGUACAUCUUCUGUUCCCCAGUCCGCCAAUCUUGUUCCCGCUAAUUAAUUAAAUAGCGUCAAUAAUAUUCUUUUCCUAUUUUGCUUACUAUAUAAUACUUUCUGUAUCCAGGAUAACAGCUAUCAUUUUUAUUACUUUAUCAAUCACUUUCAUUCAAGUUUUAUUUUCACCUAGUGUUGCCCUCGCUUCUGAAACAAAUAACUGAAUAUUUACUAUUCCCAUACGCGACAUGAACUGGGGGGCCGAGGUACGCCAUAUGAUUAAGACAUCUUUUCGCCUUUCCUCUUCCGCAGGAAUUAUAAAUUUCAGAAAUCCUACUGAUAUCACGAGGAAAUCGUCAUCAACUAGGUAGCUUUCUGUCAGUCAAAAUAUGAAUAACAUGAUUUUGUUCGGAAUGAAACACCUUCUAGAUUCUUGUACAAGGCCCUUUGUUGUCAAUCAAUGAUGUGCAAGCUACAUGGCAAUAAUCGCCCUGGUUCGCUUAUUUAACCAAUUCUCUUGCUUUUGGUUCUGAUUAACAUAGCCAGCCACAGUUGCGUAGAUAGCUCCAUAAACAAUUCAGCAGAGCAAACGUGUUCUUGGUUUGAACAUUGAAUUUGCGGUAACUCGGAACCCAAAGUUUUAUUUGCGACUUGGUCAAUUUUGACUGACUGGCUGCGCAACUGCGGUAUUUAAUAGGUUUAAAUUUCAUAAGUAUAGGGUUAUCGCUACGGCAUGGAAUUCGGUCUAAGCAUUUUAGAUAAAACGACUAGUAAAAAUAAAUCUUCCUUCAUUCUCAAAGUUUACCUUCAACCACAAAUACCUCAAACUUUGUCGCAUUGAUACAUUUAAAACUGUAUAUUAAUUUUUCCAAUACCAUUUACCUCAGGUUACUCGGAGCACUGUUAUAAGCAUACCUCUCUGUAUAAGCAUGUUUGACGAAGAUGUACAGUUAUAAUUUUCAUCUGUAUUUCAUUGUUAUAGGUAUACAGUGUGACUACAUUUUAUGUAUUCAGUAUAUUUUGCAUAAUUUACUUUACUGUGAUGAAAAUAUAGCGUCGUAGACCUCUAGUUAUCGAUUUCCAUCCAUUAUUACUUCAUUCCGUUGAACCAACGGAACUUGUUUAAGAAAAGUACAUAUAAAUACUGGUGCGAAACCUUUGUGGGCGCAAAUCCCUCCAAACCUCAAAUCCGAGUAGAUUUUAAUAUGACUUUACCAAACUUUUCCCGACUCGCUUAAUGACGACCAGAAUUCCAGAAUAUUUUCUUUACAUAUUGCAAACUCAGGUAAUUCAAAAUAUAAAGAUCCUUAAUUCUUCUUUUCUUGCAUCCAAUGCCUUCGUAUAACAAAUAAAAACAAUUAUUGUAAAA